CCUGGAUCACUUGAAAUGUUCUCUCAACUUUCCGAACUUCUUUUGUCCUCCUAAUUGAAUGAAACACUUCUUGUAAAACUGCUCUUUGCCGCAACAUAGGAGAGUUGGCACUUGAACCACAACCUGCGCAUACCUUUCCUCACUUGCACCGAGUUACCUAGCCAAAUCCGCCUCUGAACCAAGUCUCCCACAUUCUGAGAGGAACAGAGGACAGAAGUCCUGAGUUAGCAGGGUCAAGAUGGAUCAAGCGGCUGCGCAACCUCGGAAAUGCCCCGGUUUGAAUUGCGAGAAUGACGCAUCCUCUCUACAAUGUCCCAAGUGCAAAGAAAUGGGCGUUGACAGUUUCUUCUGCUCACAAGACUGCUUCAAGCGGAGUUGGGCUGAACACAAAGUUCUACACAAAAGUACGAAUCCCUUCCGCAAUUUCAUUCCUCCAAAGGUUGUGUCUAAAGUCGAUCCAGAAAGCGGUCACUUCAACCCAUUUCCUACCUAUCCUUUCACCGGUCCUUUAAGGCCUGUAUAUCCUCUGUCUCUGAAACGGGAGAUCCCGAAGUCGAUACCGCAUCCAGAAUGGUCGCAGGACGGUAUACCCAGAUACCCAUAUGUCCGCAAAAACAACGUCCAGACACUUGAUGAAAAGGGCAUCGCGGGCAUGCGCAAGGUGUGCAGAUUAGCUAGAGAAGUCCUUGAUAUCGCCGCCGCCGCAGCGAAGCCCGGGGUGACGACGGACUACAUUGACGAGAUUGUUCACAACGCUUGCAUCGAGCGCAAUUCAUACCCUUCCCCUCUGAACUACAACCACUUCCCGAAGUCUGUCUGUACCUCCCCGAACGAAGUCAUCUGUCACGGCAUUCCUGACCAACGAGUUCUCCAAGACGGCGACAUCCUCAACAUUGACGUUACGCUGUAUCACGAAGGCUACCACGGCGAUCUGAACGAGACGUACUACAUCGGCGACAAGGCCAAGGCUAAUCCGGACAACGUCCGCCUCGUCGAAACCACACGUCAAUGUUUGGAUAAGGCCAUUGAGCACGUCAAACCGGGAGUCAAAAUCGGCGACUUUGGGGACAUCAUCGAGAAACACGCCAAAUCCCAGAGUCUCAGCGUUGUCAAGACCUAUUGUGGACACGGCAUUAACUCUCUAUUCCACUGCGCCCCAAAUGUGCCGCACUAUGCGAAGAACAAAGCCGUGGGGAAAUGCAAGGCGGGGAUGACUUUCACGAUUGAGCCGAUGAUUUGCUUGGGCAGUUACAAGGACAAGACAUGGCCAGAUGACUGGACGGCAGUCACGAGCGACGGAAGCCGCUCAGCCCAGUUUGAGCAUACGUUGCUGGUUACGGACGAUGGAGUCGAGGUCCUAACAGCACGGUUGCCGAAUUCGCCUGGUGGUCCCGUUCCCAUGCCAGGUUCUGCAGCGACAAAUGGGGAAGUCAAUGGGGAUGCAGCGAAGGCUUGAGCCUGGUAGUGGAGAAUUGGUAGGCAUAGGGAACUGGACGGUUUCCAACGCUUUGAUACCGGCUGAAUGCGAUCGGUGCUCAUGACAUAAAUCUCUCAACGUUUCCGGAAUGCUUAAGGACUUCGCCGAUGUGGUGGUUGUUCAUAGAUAUGCCUGGGACCUUCUGAUGCUGUGCGAUAAAAUCCAGAACAGCCCACGUCCUCGAGGUUUCUAAUUUUGUGAGCACAGCCGUUGGAAAGACACUUGUUCAUUGAUGUCAUGUCUGUUUUUGAUCCCCAUGGCAAUACUAGUCACAGCAAAUACUGCUGUUGACGAUUUCGCUGGCCGAUGACAUGACGCGAGAUGUUCUUUACCGGGGACAUUUGGUGCCCACGUGACGAGGCUGCGCAGAACAGGGGUUUGAGGCCCAAACAACGCUCGAAAAGGAGGAAUUAGGUGAGGGCUUGAGGGUGUGAACGUAGCAAGCGGCAUUGAUCUAUUCUGGCAUUUCGUGGAGAUACAAACGAUUGCGAAAUGUAAUACCCUUCGUGGC